CUUGUGGGCGUUGUUCUUGGUCCCGGUGAAACCCGACUACAGAAACUGGCGGCUCAUGAUUCGCAUAAUUUGUCCCUGUUGCACACCAAGUCCGACCGCCAGUGUCUGAGAGGUAAUGGACACCACAAAUCAGGUUGUAGGGUGGGCGUUAGUGGGGGCUUUGGUACAGGUAAACGAAGGCGAGAAGACCGUACACCACGUGAAUGGGGGGAGGAUGGUUGGGGGUUGCCCUCCUCUCAUCCACCUCCUCGCGCAGGGCCUAUGUGCGCUGGUGUGGAUGUGUAUGCACAUGUACAUGUACAUGAGGAACGUUUUCUGCGUCCAUCUUGUCAAACGCGCACUGGCCAAAUUGUCUUUCCAAAUCUCUUUCCGUCGUUAUCGUUUGAGCCGGCCGAUUUCAUCGUCGCUUUAUCGCAAUCCCAUUGCCUUGCUUUCCUACUCCUACUGAGGCCAUAUCUUGCGUCUGCCACAAUCGCUAUCUGCCCCAAUGCAGCCGAGCUGCAAAAUGAACCCGCCCCCACCGCUUUUCACAACACCCCAACUGGCCAUACCUCAACACUUGCCCACCUGUCCUCAAGUCCUGGGCCUCAGGUCCUCUCCGUCUCCAGACCGGUCGAAAGCUGUACCAGUAACGAUGGCAACGCUGACUUGCAUCAGAACACACCUUCACCGGCCAACCUGGUCGGAAGCUGA